UCCUCCUCUGCCUCCACGAAAACCCCCGAGAACCUCACGCGCUCUCCCCACGGCGCUGCGAUGGCGGCGGAGGACGACGGGGCCGUGGCCACGGCCGGCGGCAGGAGGAAGAGGACGGUCCGGUCGGAGGUCCUCGGCGUGUACCGGCUGCAGCGCGGCAAGUACCGGGCGCGGAUCUGGGACCCGUCGCGGCGCGCCAUGAAGAACCUCGGCGCCUUCGCCACCGCCCAGGAGGCCGCCAGGGCGUACGACGCCGCCGCCGUCGGGCUGCACGGUGCGGCCACGGCGCUCACCUACUUCCGCCAGCACACGGCUGCCGACGGCGACGGCGACGCGCCGCUCCUGCACGUCGACACGGACGCCAAGGCCGAUGCCGGGGACGCGCCGCUCCUGCGCGUGUCGUGCGUGGGCGAGGACGUCUGCGCCGUGGAGUCGCGCCCAGGCCGGGAUGCGGCGGCAACCGCCAAGGAGAGGAAGGCGCCGCUCAGGCCGGUCGCCCGGGCCGUGUUCCGCCGCGUGCGCCGGAGGCCGAGCGGCAAGUGUGUGGCGAGGAUCAGAUGCCCAAAAGGGGGCGCUCGCGGGUACCUCGGCGGCUUCAACACCGCGGAGGAGGCCGCCAGAGCCUACGUCGCGUCGGCGGUCAAGCUGCGCGGCGCGAUCGGCCUGAAGAAGGCGCGCGCGGCGGGGGAGAUAAACUUCAAAGGUCAGGCCGGAAGGAAGGCGGCGGCGGCUAAGUCGAAGUCGAGGUCGAGGUCGAGCUCUCUGCCGGUGUUCCGCGGCGUGCGCCAGACGGGGGGCGGCAAGAAAUACUCUGCGCGCAUCUGGGACCCGGCGCGGCGAGCCAAGCUGUUUCUCGGCGCCUUCGACACGGCCGAGGAGGCCGCCGGAGCCUACGACGCGGAGGCCGUCAGGCUGCGCGGCGCCAAAGCUAAAACCAACCUGAAGCAGCAGCCCAUGGCGAGGAAGAAGACGGCGGGAAGGACGGACACCGGGACCAAGUUCCGCGGCGUGCACCGGAAGCCCAGCGGCAAGUACGCGGCCCAGAUCAGACACGCCGGGGAGAAUUCUCGGUGGCUCGGCCUCUUCGGCCCCGCCGAGGACGCCGCCAGAGCGUACGACGCCGCAGCCGUCAAGCUGCAUGGCGUGAAGGCCAUAACCAACUUCAAGCAACCACCCAUGGCCGCCGCCGCCGUCGCCGUUGAUGACGGCGUGCAGCCGCCCAUGGAACUCAACGACGUCCCGGAGCUGCGUGGCGUGACGGCCAAAACCAACCUCAACCAGCCACCCAUGGUCGCCGGCUCUGCUGAUGACGGCGAGGAGUCGCGCAUGGACCUCGCCGACAACGACUUCCCGGAGCAGCCGGCGCUCGACCUCUUCUCGGGCACCAUCACCGCAGACGCACAGCUCGACGAUGUGUUCGCCGACUUGCCGCCGUUGGAUUUGCAGCAGGUGGACGAGCUCCUCAAGGAAAUGGACUUCGCCAAUAUGAUGGCCUGACUUGCGCGUGUUCGUCCGGCGUAAAACAGAACAAUGACGAAAUGCGGCCAAUUCUGUCAGGGGCUUAGAAUUGCACAGCUGAUCAAAUUCUCUUUUUUGUUUGAAUAUUGGGAAACAUGGUACUUUAUUCAGCUAUAAUGUUGGUUCUAGGUAAUGUUAUCUCUUAACCAUGAGUC